CCGCCACCGUAGUUCUUUCUAGUAUUCUUUGUUCACGGAGAAAGUAUCGCUAGUUUAGAUUAAUUAAUUAAUUAGAAAUUUAGAUCUUAUAGUAUACACUAUCACUUAAAAAACAUGGCAUCAGAGCUUCAAUUGCCGCCAGGCUUCAGAUUCCAUCCAACGGAUGAGGAGCUCGUCAUGCACUAUCUCUGCCGCAAAUGCACUUCGCAACCCAUCUCUGUUCCCAUCAUCGCCGAAAUUGACCUCUAUAAGUACGAUCCUUGGGAUCUUCCUGGCAUGGCUUCUUAUGGAGAAAAGGAGUGGUAUUUUUUCUCGCCACGAGACAGGAAAUAUCCGAACGGUUCGAGGCCGAACCGGGCGGCUGGAUCCGGAUAUUGGAAGGCAACCGGGGCGGAUAAACCCAUAGGUCACCCGAAACCGGUUGGGAUUAAGAAAGCGUUGGUGUUUUACGCGGGGAAAGCGCCAAAAGGUGAUAAAACAAAUUGGAUUAUGCACGAGUAUCGUUUGGCUGACGUGGAUCGCUCCAUUCGAAGAAAGAACAGCUUAAGGCUGGAUGACUGGGUGCUUUGUCGUAUUUACAAUAAGAAAGGCACAAUCGAGAAACAACCGAACAGCGGUGUUAUAAACAGGAAAACAGACCCCUCGGAAAUCGAAGACAAGAAGCCAGAGAUUCUGACACGUGGAAGCGGUCUUCCGCCACACCCUCCACCGCAAGCGACGGCGGGAAUGAGGGAUUACAUGUAUUUCGACACAUCAGAUUCAAUCCCGAAGCUGCACACGGACUCGAGCUGUUCAGAACACGUGGUGUCGCCGGAGUUUGCAAGCGAGGUGCAAAGCGAGCCUAAAUGGAACGAAUGGGAAAAGCACCUUGAAUUUCCUUAUAAUUACGUGGAUACCACUCUGAACAGUGGUUUCGGGUCCCAAUUCCAGAGCAAUAAUCAGAUGUCCCCGUUGCAGGAUAUGUUCAUGUACUUGCCAAAAACCUUUUGAGCAUUUGAAAGAUGAAACUGAAAAACAUGUGACACCCAAUCAAUCGCUGUAACGCAUCGCACGGUAGCACGAGACGAGAGUCCAUGAGUGUGCUUGUGCCAAUGCGUACAAUAUUAUUUGAUUAAAUUUCCUAAGCAUGAGUCGAUAGAAAUUUGAGAAGGGAACAUUUAAAAAAAUGCAUGUGUUGGGCCUACUAUUAUCAAGUGUUUAUGGUACCACCCUAUUGAACCGUUUUACCCAUCUCUAGGAUUAGCAUGUGCAUAGUUAUUGUAGGAUUUAGAUAGAUAAGGUACAAAACAUGUUUCAUGUGAUCAUAGAAUAGAAUAUCAUUUACGACAACCUAAAUUAAUACACAGUCACUUUGUGCUUCUAUUCUAUAUAUUCAGCAUUAGUAUAGUAGGACUGCCCCACCUUAUUUAGUAUUAGUAGGAUGCAUGUUUUUCUGGUUGCUUAUUCCGACACCUAUUAUGUGUACUUGUCAAUUUUUCAUAUUCUGUUUUGAUAACAAUAAAAUACAAUGCAGUUAAUAGU